CUAUGAGUCUACCUUAUCUACCUUACAUACCUCACCCACGCUUUCGCUCUUGCUGAUGUCGACCCGUCAUCUAUUUCGAUAGGUUUGUGUGGGGAUUUCUUAACAUAGGAGUGGACUCAAACCUACUUUGUUUUGAGUUUAUCGAACUUCUUCACCGAAGCGCGCGGCAAAUGACUGAAUCCACCCACCUUCUUUUUUUUUUCGUCUGUCUCAUGAAGUAGUGACAGGCAUCUCCCUUGUCACAACCUGACGUUUUCGUUUUGGUAUCCGGCGCAGCAAGUUUUGGGUGUGGCCCGAGCCCCAAUUGACGACGCAUCAACUUGCGCUGCCAAUGCCUUUCAUCUGACAAUCACUCCCUUCGUCCUCAAACCUGCCAACUUUCCAAGUCUUUGUCGACUUCGUCGUUCAUCUUUGUGUUCUUCACACCAUCGGAUGCUUCCAUCACGGUGACCGCGCCUGUCAAACAUCAUUCCUGCAAUCUAAACCCAAUCUGGCCUUUUUUUCUUUCUUCUUUUUUUUUCUUUUUUUUUAAUUUUACUUGAUAGAUAUCGCUACUAUAACCUCAUCCCAAAUCCCACACUUCAGCAUACCGAGCAAGGUUGAAUGCGCUGUUGUCUCUACUACUGACGUGUCAAGCACGUUUUGUCUACUCUACCUAAAUCGCUUCCAUCAACGGGACUCAACUGCUUCUGCUUUGGGCAACUUAGUCGCGCCGGCCCCUGAUUAAAGGAAACUGCUUGUCCAGCCGGCCCGAAGACCAUUUCUGCAGCCUCACUAACCAAGCUUGGCGAGCAUCAUAGAUGGUCGCCUGAAAGUACCAUCUCCACACAGCUUUCUGGUCUGGACUGCCGGACAAAACCAUCCGUUGUCUGGUUGUCAACUCGUGCAACCCACCACUUACCGACCCUCCACAGAGGCUGGCGGAUCCGUGCCGCCUGGACCUGCAUUCACAGGCUUCAUUGACACUUUAUUAGGGGUCUGUCUUUACCAUACGAUUGGGCAUCAACACGUCGAGGCGGACGUUUGCCGCCGCGUUCAUCUAUUCCUACACGAGGAUCCCUGCUGGCCCAUUUGGAACGCAAAAUAUCCGGGAUCACCAGUACUUGCUGACCUAGCCGGUAUCUACGUGUUCACUCGCUUGCCUGGCUGAUCCGGUCUUUGGAGAACCACAGACAUGAGUCGUGAAUCAGAUAUUUCCUCCAGCUCAGGCCAAGGGAAGGACCUUGAGAGAGCUGCAAAUGCUGUCCACAGGGAUAAAGGAUCCAUAGCCAACUGCUCCGGACCGCUGGAGGCCGAUGGCGCGACGGGUAAAACAUGCUCGCAAGGCGCCAGUGGCAGUCGAGAAGCAUCUAUCGAAAAGCCUGCUCUUCCACUUGACGGUUCCUGCCUAGCAGUUCGUGACACCAACAAGUCAAACCCUGGAGCCAACACGCUGCGUUCCACACUUCCCAGGAGGCUUCAGUCUGCCCUUUCGACAUCCGGAAACCCCACAUGUAUAGGCUGUAUCAGACAGUACAGCGGGAACGGCUAUAGCGACAGUGUGCUACCUCGCCCUCGUUCUGGUUCUUGCCCGCAAAUAGGAAGAUGCCACGAGGCAAGGGGAUGUUUUGCCCCUGGUGGCCCAGAAACAGCCCCCACAUCACCCACCCCAAGCCAACUUUGCGACGGCAGCCACUGCCACAAUGUCGAUGAAUGUCAAAUUGCUACGUGCUGUUGUCUCGACCAGUCGGCUUCAGCACGGCAAGGAUAUGGCCAAUGGAACGACUGCUUGGACGACCUUCCAAACGAAGUUUUGCUACAUAUCAUGAGUUACUUGGAGGUUUGCGACUUGCUCGCAACUUCGAGGACCAAUCACCACCUCCGAGAACUGUCCCUGUCGCCGAUACUGCACUCGAUGCGUCUCCGUCGCAUCCGCAUGAUCCUCCCGCCGCUUCUCCAGUCGCCAUCCCGCCCGACGCUCCCUGACCUGAUCGGGCGCCGCAUCUUCAUGACGCAGACGACGGUCGUGUCUCGAAAGCUCUCACGCUCGCUCAUCUCGAUCCGCCUCUCUCGCCGGCUGGCGGCACGACCGUCGCCCGAGGCCCUCGUGGCCCGUGGUGUGCUGCCGCCCGAGUGGGGUGGCGUUGCGCCCGCGCUUGUAGCCAAGAAGCGCGCCGUCGAGAAGGAAAGGGUCAAAGACGGCCUCAGGGGCUUCGUCGAGCGUUGGACAGGUGAGGCGAGGCAGAGGGGCGAGGGCGUCAGGAGAUGGGAAGAGAGUCGCGGGGUCGGCAGGGUCUGGAGGCUCAAGCGAUUCUGGGAGAGGAUCGCGAGGGGUGAUGGGGUUGAGGUGAGGGAGGGCUAGAUGGGACCAGGUCAAGGUGCAUUUCAUCGGUUGGUGGCGUGAGGGUCUGUUUUGUCUUGCUUCUUUCUGCUGUAUUUUGUUCGGAGUGCUGGUCGCUCUGCUGUACUUGUGUGUGUGUGUGUGUGUAUAU